CGCCCGGCACGCCCGCACGCCCGGCCCGGCCCGGCCCGCAGCGAUCAUGGGCGCGGCGGAGGUGCGCUGGCACUUGUGCGUGCUGCUCGCCCUGGGCACGCGCGGGCCGCUGGCGGGGGGCAGCGGGCUCCCAGGGACAGUGGACAUAGACGAGUGCUCAGAGGGAACAGAUGACUGCCACAUCGACGCCAUCUGCCAGAACACACCCAAGUCCUACAAAUGCCUCUGCAAACCAGGCUACAAGGGGGAAGGCAGGCAGUGUGAAGACAUUGACGAGUGUGAGAAUGACUACUACAAUGGGGGCUGUGUCCACGAGUGCAUCAACAUUCCAGGAAACUACAGGUGUACCUGCUUUGAUGGCUUCAUGCUGGCACAUGAUGGACAUAACUGCCUAGACGUGGAUGAGUGUCAGGACAACAAUGGUGGCUGCCAGCAGAUCUGCGUCAAUGCCAUGGGUAGCUAUGAGUGUCAGUGCCACAGUGGCUUUUUCCUCAGUGACAACCAGCACACCUGCAUCCACCGCUCCAAUGAGGGUAUGAACUGCAUGAACAAAGACCACGGUUGUGCCCACAUCUGCCGGGAGACGCCCAAAGGUGGGGUGGCCUGUGACUGCAGGCCCGGCUUUGACCUUGCCCAAAACCAGAAGGACUGCACACUAACCUGUAACUAUGGAAACGGAGGCUGCCAGCAUAGCUGCGAGGACACGGACACAGGCCCCAUGUGUGGCUGCCACCAGAAGUACGCCCUCCACUCAGACGGUCGGACGUGCAUCGAAAAGGAUGAGGCUGCAAUUGAGCGCUCUCAGUUCAAUGCCACGUCAGUAGCUGAUGUGGACAAGCGGGUGAAACGGCGGCUACUCAUGGAGACAUGUGCAGUCAAUAACGGAGGCUGUGACCGGACGUGCAAGGACACAGCCACUGGCGUGCGGUGCAGCUGCCCUGUUGGAUUCACACUGCAGCCAGACGGGAAGACAUGCAAAGAUAUCAAUGAGUGCCUGGUCAACCAUGGAGGCUGUGACCACUUUUGCCGUGACACUGUGGGCAGCUUCGAGUGUGGCUGCCGCAAGGGCUACAAGCUGCUGACGGACGAGCGGACAUGCCAAGACAUCGACGAGUGCUCCUUCGAGCGGACCUGCGACCACAUCUGCAUCAACUCCCCGGGCAGCUUCCAGUGCCUGUGCCACCACGGCUACACACUCUAUGGGACGACCCACUGCGGAGAUGUGGACGAGUGCAGCAUGAACAACGGCAGCUGUGACCAGGGCUGCGUCAACACCAAGGGCAGCUAUGAGUGUGUCUGCCCCCCUGGGAGUCGGCUCCACUGGAACAGGAAGGACUGUGUGGAGACAGGCAGGUGCCUUUCCCGAGCCCAGGCCUCUGCCCAGGCCCAUCUGUCCUGCAGCAAGGUGGGCAGUGUGGAGAGCUGCCUCCUUUCCUGCCCAGCCCACACCCUCUUCGUGCCAGACUCAGAAAACAGCUACGUCCUGAGCUGUGGUGUUCCGGGUCUCCAGGGCAGGACACUACCGAAACGCAAUGGCACCAGCUCUGGCACCGGACCUGGCUGCUCAGAUGCCUCCAGUGCCCCCAUCAAGCAGAAGGCCCGCUUCAAGAUCAGAGAUGCCAAAUGCCACCUCCGGCCCCGUAGCCGGGAGCGAGCAAAGGAGACCCCACGGCAACCACUGCUGGAAAACUGCCACGUGACGUUCCUGACCCUCAAGUGCGACUCCUCCAAGAAGAGACGCCGCGGCCGCAAGUCCCCAUCCAAGGAGGUGUCCCAUGUCACUGCAGAGUUUGAGGUGGAGAUAAAGAUGGAAGAGGCCUCAGACACCUGCGAAGCUGAUUGCGUGCGGAAGCGAGCCGAGCAGAGCCUGCAGGCCGCCAUCAAAACCCUGCGCAAGUCCAUCAACCGACAGCAGUUCUACGUGCAGAUCUCAGGCACUGAGUACGAGGUGGCCCAGCGCUCAGCCAAGGCCCUGGAGGGGCUAGGGACGUGUGGCACUGGCCAGGUGCUCCAGGACAGCAAAUGUGUGACCUGUGGGCCUGGCACCUACUUCAGCGGCGAGCAGGGCCAGUGUGUGCUGUGUGUGUCGGGGACCUACCAGGACAUGGAAGGCCAGCUCAGCUGCGCGCCAUGUCCCAGCAGUGACGGGCUUGGUCUGGCUGGUGCCCACAACGUAUCUGAAUGUGGAGGCCAGUGCUCUCCAGGCUUCUUCUCAGCAGACGGCUUCCAGCCCUGCCAGGCCUGCCCCAUGGGCACGUACCAGCCUGAGCCUGGGCGCACCGGCUGCUUCCCCUGUGGAGGGGGGCUGCUCACCAAGCUGGAGGGCGCCACCUCCUUCCAGGACUGCGAGGCCAAAGUGCACUGCUCCCCUGGCCACCACUACAACACCACCACACACCGGUGCAUCCGCUGUCCUGUGGGCACCUACCAGCCUGAGUUUGGCCAGAACCACUGCAUCACCUGUCCAGGCAACACCAGCACGGACUUCGAUGGCUCCACCAAUGUCACACACUGCAAAAACCAGCACUGUGGUGGUGAGCUUGGUGACUACACGGGCUACAUAGAGUCCCCCAACUACCCUGGAGACUACCCGGCCAAUGCUGAGUGUGUGUGGCACAUCGCACCGCCCCCCAAGCGCAGGAUCCUCAUUGUGGUCCCCGAGAUCUUCCUGCCCAUCGAGGAUGAGUGCGGUGAUGUCCUGGUCAUGAGGAAGAGUGCCUCGCCCACAUCCAUCACCACCUACGAGACCUGCCAGACCUAUGAGAGGCCUAUCGCCUUCACCUCCCGCUCCCGGAAGCUCUGGAUCCAGUUCAAGUCCAACGAAGGCAACAGUGGCAAAGGGUUCCAAGUGCCCUACGUCACCUACGAUGAGGACUACCAGCAGCUGAUAGAAGACAUCGUGCGCGACGGGCGGCUGUACGCCUCGGAGAAUCACCAGGAAAUUCUGAAAGACAAGAAGCUGAUCAAGGCGCUCUUCGACGUGCUGGCACACCCGCAGAACUACUUCAAGUACACAGCCCAGGAGUCCAAGGAGAUGUUCCCCCGGUCCUUCAUCAAACUGCUACGUUCCAAAGUGUCCCGAUUCCUGCGGCCCUACAAAUAACACUCAGAGCUGUCCUGCUCGGGGAUGGCCAGGGAGCCAAGGAAGAAGAGCUCCUUCCCUCUGUCGUGGGGCUGAAAGGCAGCUCUGUGGGCCACCCCGUUGCCUGGGGAAGCCCAUGAUGCGUGCACUUCAGGAAGGCCACCAGCCCCUGGAGGGCCAAGGCUGAGCUGGGCCCCCAUGGGACACUGCUUCUAAAGCCUUUUGCCCUUUGCCUCUCAUCCCCAGACACCAGUACUGCUUCCCCUGAGCCGGCUCUGGCGCACGCUGCCUGGCCAGGACACGCUGAGGGCACCAGAGAGCAUGCGCUUCUGCCUGAUGCUGUGGGAGAGAGGAGAGUGGCACCCUCCCGGUGGCUCUGUGAGCUUGGCCCCUGUCACCCACAGGAAGCCAGCAGAGAAGGAAGGACAUGUGGAGGCACCAUCUCUGAGGUGACAAGCCUGUGUCAGCACUUGUAGGGCUACUACACUGCCAACUCCUCCAGCCAGGAUCGCAGGACAUGGUGCCAUGUCAUUGGGCUCUAAGGACUCUGUGACAGAUGGAAGAGAGCUGCUGAGGGAGGAGUGGAGGUCUUCACCAGCCCUGCUAGAACGGCUGAUGAAGUGCUGUAUACAUAUGUAUAAAUAUAAAUACAAAUAUAUCUAUAUAUAUACACACACUUCUAUUUGUGGGUACUGUAGGGGUGCUCUCUUCAGCAGCUGUAAACACUCAGUGCCACUACUGUCCCCCCCAGCACUCACCUGUGUGGGAGAUAGGAGCUGCCGGGCAGGUGCAGCAUAGGCUGGCCCUGGACACCUUGUGAAUAUGAACUUAGGGAACUGAGCUCCCAUGCUGGAUUGGAGGGUUGGCCCUGUCCCAGUCCCUUCACAGUGACAUCAUUGCCCUCAGGACACAGUGGAAGGCAGACUCCCCUUGGGCCCCUGAAUAAGGGGUGUAAGUAUCCAGCCAUAAACUUAGGAAGGGGCCUGUGGCCAUGACCUUGGGGUCUGAAGUGUGCCUGCAUGUCACCAAGAAAUAAGGCUGUGAGGCCUGAGGCCUACCCAAGAGGAGGUGGCCCAGAGGCAGAGGCGGCCUGAGGCAGAGGUGGCCUGGGUCACAAGGCCUGGCUUCAGUGCAGCUCCCCCGUGGGCCUGCCGCCUCCCUCUCAGAGUCUCCUCAAGGCUGCCUUCGUCCCACCAGCCAGGAAGCCAGAGCCCAGGAUGGAGCCAGCUGAGACCUCACACACCCAGGGUCUGCGAAGCCUCAGACCGCCUGCUGCCAGCAAGAGGACGAGCAGAGGGAAUGUUCUAUAUUAUUCAGGUUAACAAACUUUAAAAUUCCCAGGAACAUGGGAGCAUCUUACAAUGAACUCCAACUACCGAUGCCAAGUGGCCUCAGGUCUCCUGAUCCCCAGCCCAGCCUGGCGGGUGAGAGGUGAGCAGUUUGAGAAACACACGUGAAACAUAGGACUGUGGACACACAGGCCAGCAAGCAAAGUCUCAAGAUCCAUGGCUGGUGACAGGCAGCAGGGCAUGGCCCCUCCUCCAGGCCACAACAGGGCUUGGGAUGCAGGCGUGAGUGGCCCUUACCCUCGCUGCGGAGCUGGGUGCCCAGCUGUACUGACCCUGCUUUCGGCGCCAUCUCUCAAGUCCAGCUCGGGUUUGUGGAGAGCAGCAGACAGGUCAGGGUCAACAGCACUGCUGGGGACUGCACCACCCCCGGCUGGCCACCGUCCCUGCAGAUCAGCCUUGGUUUCCAGAAAGAAGCCUCCCUCCCUUUGUCAGGCCAUCAGUCACCCCCAGAAGUGAGAGACAGAUGCCCUAGGAAGGGCACAGAGAAGGGUCUGCCUCUUUAUUGGGUUCUCUAGGAAAAUGGGACCAACAGCGUGUGCACAUGGACAUAGUAAAGGGGACUUAUUAUGGGAGAUCAGAGAUCAUGGAGGUGGCCUCAAAGUUCCCUGAGGUGCUCUCUGCAAGCCAGAGAGCCAAGAGAGCCCUCGGUGGGAUGCAGGCUGAGCACAAAGCCUGAGAAGCUGUGAGCAGGGACAGUCCUGGAGUCUGAGGCCCAAGAACCAGGAGCACCAGUGUUGGGGACCAAAGAAGAAGGACACCCAGCUCCAAGAAAGCAAAUUGUGCCCUUCCCCCACCUCUUUGUCCUGUUGGAGCCCUGGGACCAUCAGAAAAUGCCACCCACACUGGACAGGGCCUGAUUGGCUCAGCCCUCUGAUAACAGGCUGAUCUCUUCUGGUCACACCCAACAGUCAGACCACCAAGAGCACUUAUGGUUAUCUGGAAUCAACCUAGCACAGUCAAGUUGCCACAUAAAAUUAACCACUGCACUUCUUAAA